CUUUUACAAAAGCGCCAAAUUCCUUUGGCCCAUAGAUAGAAAAACGGGAGUUGCGUGAGGCCUUUCAUACUGAUUGACAAGACACCGCGAUAGCCAAUCACAAGUAACCAACCGCCAUUAUGGAUACACAUGAGAAAGAAGAUAUGCCUUCCUCACAUAUCACGCGAACCUCCCUGAAGCUACGAAGCACCAAACCCCUCUGGCACUCUCCUCGGUAUAUAGAAAAACGAAAGUUGUGUGAGGCCUUUCAUACUGACUGACUGACACUGUGCAUUAUGGAUACACAUCAACCGAGACCCGUAACUCCACAGUCUCCUCACGGCGGCGGCGGCGGCGGCGGCGGUUUUUCUGCGAUUCUCACAGUCUUCCUAUCCUUCAUCGCAAUCUUCGCCAUGAUAGUGAUUCCUUCAUCAUCAACUUUUAGAAAUGGUUUUUCCAUUUUGCACCAAGUCCCAGAAGGCUAUGUUGGGGUUUACUGGAGAGGAGGCGCCCUUCUAAAGAUGAUUACAGAUCCAGGUUUUCAUCUGAAGCUGCCUUUUAUAACCCAUUAUGAGCCUGUUCAAGUAACCCUUCAGACAGAUCAAGUGAGGGAUAUUCCUUGUGGUACAAAAGGAGGUGUCAUGAUCAACUUUGAGAAGAUAGAGGUUGUUAACCGGCUUCACAAGGACUAUGUGCAUGACACUCUGCUGAACUAUGGGGUGAAGUAUGACAAUACAUGGAUAUAUGACAAAAUUCAUCACGAGAUCAAUCAGUUUUGCAGCUCUCACUCUCUUCAGCAAGUCUACAUUGAUGUUUUUGAUCAAAUUGAUGAAAAGAUGAAAGAUGCUCUCCAGGGUGACUGCACACGUUAUGCUCCAGGUAUUGAAAUCAUUAGUGUUCGCGUUACGAAGCCAAAAAUCCCAGAAAGCAUAAGACGCAAUUUUGAACAGAUGGAAGAGGAACGCACUAAGGUCUUAAUUGCUAUUGAGAAACAGAGAGUGGUUGAGAAAGAGGCAGAGACAAAUAAGAAAAUGGCUAUCAGUGAAGCUGAAAAGGUUGCAAAUGUGAGCAAGAUCCUUAUGGAACAGAAGUUGAUGGAAAAGGAUAGUGUCAGGAAGCAGCAAGAAAUUGAGAACCAGAUAUACAUGGCUCGGCAAAAAAGUUUGGCCGAUGCAGAUUUCUACCGUUUACUGAAGGAAGCUGAAGCAAACAAGUUGAAGCUGACACCGCAAUUUCUUGAGCUUAAAUUCAUCGAGGCCAUAGCUGAUAAUACAAAAAUUUUUUUUGGGGAAAAGAUACCUAAUAUGUUUUUGGAUCAGAGGCUGCUUGGUAACUUCCUGCAACAGUUAUCUAGGGAUGUGUCUGAAGAGGAGAAAUCAAUAGCUUAAUUUUUUUAAUCCUUCAUUUCUUUUUUUGAUCUGUCGUCUCUAUCAACAUAUUGUAAUACCUAGGUGAUAUAGAAAGUAAAUGUUGGUUGAGGCUUUCAGAAGGUGUUUCAUUUAACAGCUUUAUAGUUUUUUUUUUUUUUUUUUUUUUUUUUGGGAAGGGAAUGGAAAUGUUGGUUUGAGGCUUUCAGAAGGUUAUUUUUGUAAUAAAGCAAUUAAGGUUUCUUGCACCAAUUAGAAUUGGGGUUUAGUUUUGCCUGCAAGUUAUUGUAAUCCUUAUGGAGAUAGUUGAAAAUUUGGAUGAAUGAAAAAAAAGUAGCCUUUUUUCUUUCUU